UUUAAAAGCGCCAGUCGCAUUCAAUAUUCUUUCAUAAGGGCAGAAAAUCGUAUUUUCCUCCUAGGAUCAAAUCAAACACCACCGUUGUCGAAAACACAUUAGAAAUGCGCGUCCGAUCGUCGAAUCUGAUUUCAUAUGAUCAUUAUUAAUUUUCCCAUAAGCAGGUAGAACCACGUGAUACUGACCGCGGAACCAUUCAUCUGACUCAGAUCUUGUUCAACUUGACAGAAAAAGGAACGACGUGGCGCGGUGAACACAAUAGCACCUGCUGUAUACGUAAUCCACUAAGGCACUAUUUCGCCUUCGCUUCUACAAUUCUGGGAUAUGGCCGAUUUUGGCCACACAACAAGAUCACUUUCACCAGUCGACUACAAUCACAGCGACUCGCGAGCGGCGUCGCUUUUUUUCCCUGGAAAUCUAAAGGAGGAACAUUCGGACAACAAAAACAUUAAAAACGGUUCCUGCGAAGACUGUUUAGACGACUCGCCAAAAUCUAAGGUAAUUUCAACUCAGGGAAAUACACCUUUGGAACAAACAAAACAACUUAAUUUCACGAGAGAUUCAGAGAACUCCAUGUUUCACGAUUUUGCAACAUCGACCACGUUUUGGUCGCCAGCCACUGUAGAGGAUGUAUUUGUACCCGGCGCAAUUCCACAGCCAGUAAACGGCAUUCAUUUACCCUCCAACACUCCUGUUAUAACCCAGCCACGAAGAGUAAAUGGACCGACGAAUAUGACCACAACAAUGAACCAUCAGCCAAGAAGACCGAUUCCUCACAACUCAGCGUUUAUAACGCAAAACAAAUCAAUGCCAACUGUAACAAGUUUAGGGGGAUGGAAUCAACAGACUCCGCCGUCCAUUUCAGGCUGGCCUUCACAACAACAAAACUCGUGGGGAAGUCGGCCUUCAAACCAUACACUGAAUGCCAUAAAUUUCCCUCAUGGAAGAAAUUCUAGGCCAUCUUCGUUAACACUUCCAAGCUCUUCUCGAAUGCGAAAUCAUCAUCGUCUGAACCCUACAUUUCCUCCUGUUUCAAGAUCGACUAUCUCAACGCAGAGCAUAACGCAGGGAUUACAAAGUUUGAGUCUGAAUCGGCAACCCGUGGACGGUACAAUUUUGGAUGAUAUCCCUAGCCUUGGAAAUUCACAUGGCCAAAACAACGAGCUUUCAAACUCCCUUUACUCCUAUCAGGAUUCAAUGAAAUUUCCGUCUUUGGAGACACGUUUACUCGAUAUAAUUCGUUCUCCUUCGGAUCCUCCAGAUAACUUAAGCGCUUUCAAAUAUCAUCUGCAAAAGAGAGGAACUUCCCACGCAGGAGAUCAAAUUGUACCAUCAAUAUGGUCUCUUAAUUGUUCUCCAACAUCGGAUUUGCCAGAUCAUAUUGAGCGUUACUCGAGGAAAGUAUUUGUUGGAGGACUACCUCCAGAUAUUGAUGAAGAUGAGAUUCAUGCCAGUUUCUGUCGGUUUGGCAGUUUGACUGUAGAUUGGCCUCACAAAGCAGAAAGCAAGUCAUAUUUUCCUCCCAAAGGUUAUGCAUUUCUGCUGUACCUUGAGGAGCAAUCGGUGCAGAAGCUAAUCGACGCCUGCUUUCAGCAAGAUGACAAACUCUACCUGUGCGUGUCCAGUCCUACUAUAAAGGACAAACCUGUUCAGAUAAGACCUUGGAAUCUGAAUGACUCAGAUUUUGUCAUGGAUGGUUCACACCCUCUCGAUCCAAGAAAAACAAUUUUUGUCGGUGGAGUACCUCGCCCACUGAGAGCAAUAGAGCUGGCCAUGAUAAUGGAUCGGCUGUAUGGAGGAGUCUGUUACGCUGGGAUAGAUGUAGAUCCUGAACUGAAAUAUCCCAAGGGUGCUGGUCGAGUGGCCUUCUCCAAUCAACAAAGUUACAUAGCCGCCAUAAGUGCCAGAUUUGUGCAGCUACAACAUGGCGACAUCGAUAAGAGAGUUGAAGUCAAGCCGUACGUUUUGGAUGAUCAGUUAUGUGACGAGUGUCACGGCGCCCGGUGCGCGGGGAAAUUUGCACCUUUUUUUUGCGCAAAUGUCACGUGUCUCCAGUACUAUUGCGAACAGUGCUGGGCAAUCAUACACUCCAGGCAAGGGCGAGAAUUUCACAAGCCUCUGGUAAAGGAAGGUGCUGACCGGCCAAGAACAGUUCCAUUUAGGUGGUAAAGAAAAUCAGUUAAUUCAAGUUAUUUUCAAUCGAUUUCAAGUUGAUAAGAAUUCCCUAAUCUGGGCUAAUGCCAUCUCGAAUUGGAUAAACAGUUCUGCUUAGUCAAAUUGACGUACUUAUUAUUAACCUUAGGAAUGCUGUUUCUUUUCUUUCUUUCUUAUUUCUUCACCUCUGAUGUAAAUGGUAUUUAGAGUUGAUUGGGGGAGAGGAAAGUAGUUGAUAGAACUGACAUGAUUGAUCAGGGUUAGUUAACCAAGGUUGUUGUGUAAGAAGGAAGCAUUUUGUCAAGUAGAAAUUCACUCCACCACGCCGAGUGGACUCACAAUUAUGUGUUGAAAUAUUCACCAUUCAACUCUAAUUUGACAGUGAAAAAUUUUUCGAGAAUAUUUGAGGAGGUGCGAGAGGAUUACUUUUCCAUCUUCGUGUAUAAUCAUUUUUGUCGAUUACUAAAUUUUAAUUUUUUAAUCGAAGAAAGAAUUGCUUACUUUGAACGAGUAGAGUUAUUUAUCUAACGAAUUACAAAUGCACGAAAUGAAAAGAAUAUGGCGAAUAGAAUUGUAAAUACUGGCUGAAACACAAAAUUUAAUUUCAGCAAAGAAAGAUAUGUUAUAAACUUACGCAAAGAUUAUGUCUGUAAAUGGUGCGGAAAAAAAUGUUUUUUUUCUGGAGUUUAAUUUUGUAGAAUGUUUAGUAAUAACUCAUAGGGAGGAUUACCAUUGUUGAGAUGGUUUUAAAUAUGGGCUGGAUUACCGCUUAAAACUAACAAACAAGCAAAACAAUUCUUUCUUAGUCAAAUGAAGAAGGGGGGAGGGGUGCAGUAUGCAGAUUUUCCACUAAGCCAGAGUACAAAACCAACAUAUCAUGACUAUCAGAUUGAAAUGAAUUAGAUGUAUUGUAUAUUUUUUGUUUCCGUUAUUUAAAAACAACACAUAUUGUGAUAAGUAAUAAUGAUUGGUUUUUUAAACCGUACCAUCGAUGUUGGGUAAUGAGUUCCACAGUGAUGUAUUGAAACGGAGAAAUCAUUCUACUUUGUUUAGAAAGGAUAAAGCUAUUAUCUUUUAUCUUUUGUUCAAAAGGGCAGAACUUUUUUAAUAGAUUUUAUAUUUACUUCAAAUAAUAUAUGAAAUGAGUUUAAUUUUUGGAAAAAUUUAGUUUUAGAAGAUGAUAAAAUCAGUUUGAAAAAUAUCAAUUCAUACAAUUUACGGGCUGCUUGUUCGCGUGGCAGAAAGUGAAAUCAUGUGCUCCUGGGAAAAAAAAUACCGUUCUAAUUAGGCUUCUUUAAAGCGUAUCAAAACUUUUGCAGUUUGUACCAUUUGUACCAGUUACGCCUGAGACCUGAUCACCCAUGCUAUGUCAAAGUCAUUUCACAUGCAUAACAUGCUCAUAAACUUUAGAUGUCACAUUCGUUACAAUUUUGUUUUGUACAAAACAGAUUAUUUACUCUGGAUUUUUAAAGGUUCUAUACGCGUACUUCUUCAAAAUUUGCCCGAGAAGACUUUUUACACUUGAAAUUUCGUAGGAAGGGAAUCAGUGAUGACGUCACGAUCAAGUACAAUAAAUAACUCUCACAAUGAUUUGCUAUUCAAGUAUUUUUGAGAUUGUCUAUCCUUUUGUAAUUUUAGUAGGAUUUCACUAGUGUGCACGAUUGCCUUUUCGGUGAUUCGGAAACUAUCUGCCACGCAAACAUCAUCUCUGAAUUUAAUAAGUUACACCUUUUCACUUAUUUUAGCUCGUACAAAUGUAUAAUUAUAAUAUUUUUUGCUUUAUUUGUGCAUUUUAUUGGCUCUCAGAGUGUUUCGUAACUUAUUGGAGCCUGUGUGGGCAUCAUCUUUACGAGAAAAAGUGCCGGCUAAGGGAUGCCUUUCAAAAAAGGUAACAAUAAAUGAAAUGGUAGCGCUAUAGCUAGAUCUUACAAGAAAAGUAAUAUCCCAAUGUUUUUGGACUGAUCCUGAAGAGUAUCACUUACUAAUCGUGCUGCACUUUUACAGUUUGAAUUAUUAAAUGAUACUACAUACGAAUCAAGACUUACUAGAUUGCUUUCCCCAAAGUAUUCCAAACCUAAUAUCGAAUAAGUGCAAAUGAGAUGUUUGGAGGCAGUUUCUUUCGAGCUAACUAUCAUUAUUUCCACCAUGCAAGGGAUGUAUGGAGUAUUUAUAAAUUAGUUCACUAUGAAAAUGCUAUUUUAUUUCUACUCAAGAAACAGGUAACUAACUGUUACAAAGAACAAGUUUAAGAUAUUAUUCUUCCUUUUUUUUUAUUGUUUAAUUUGUUUCGUCGGUCAUGUCUAAGCCACUCUCCCACAGAAAACACACGAUCUGAGCGAGCGUUAUUAUCCAUACACCCAGGAUAAAACUUUACUGCAUUAAUUUUUAUGAACGGUAAAAACUAGCAAAAAAUAACAGUGAUUUACUAUGCCAGGUUUGCGGGCGAGUUGCUGGACUUUCCAAAAUGAUUCAGCACAAAAGCUCCUCUAUAACAAGCUUUUCGCAAACGUUGUGGCUGAGGAAAAGCAAUUAAAAGAAUUACCCAAAGGUGUUAUAUGCUUAAACUAACUAUCCUUAAAAUCAUCAUAGAAUACGCAACAAAUUUAAUAUUUUCUUGCUAUAUUAUGUGGUUGCACUCUUCCAAAUUAAUACUUGCAGACAUAUUUCUUGGUGUUAGAUGCAGACAUUCCAAUUUUAAUUUACAACGUUUUUCUAAAACGUUUAUGCAUCUGGAUAAAACCAUGAAAUAAUUAAAAAAAAGUUUUCUCAUCAUCAGAUUGAAACUUACUGGCAGCGAAGCAACUAUUGUGUCAUAAUGAAGGGAAAUAAGAUUGUGAAAAUACAAACGUAAAGUAGUUAGAAAAGGUAGAUGGUCGAAGAACAAUAAAACGUAUCUUAAUUUCUAACAAAGUUGAUAAGAGGGGAAAAUCCUGUUCUUUUUGUAGCCCAGUUAAUAAGAGUAGAAUAUGCAGACUUUUAACGAGCAAAGCUUGGUAGGUAAACGAAACAAAAAUAGUUGACAAUAAAAAUAGGUUUUUAAAAACUAAUUUUCAAAAAGAAAACGAGUAUUCUGUUAAGAAAAGAAUUCUUUAUUUUCAUAUGGUUUGCCAGUUUUCAUUGACCUGUUAUGUUUUACCCGAGGUUUAGAUUAGAGUGACGGAUUCUUCCAAACGGGAAAGAAAACGAUUCUUUGGAAAAAGGCUAGAGGGUUUUUUUUUUCCAUUUUUUACAACUAUUUUCUUAGUUUCAGUACAAAUAAGUUCAGCUGAUUUUGUUUUUAAAUUUUGCAUAUUUUACUAGCAUUUGGAAGUAACUGUUUUAUGUACCACGAAAUAGAAACAAUACGACACAAAAUGCCAUUAACAUUAUUUAUCACAAGACAUAAUGUUAAAAACCUCAUAUAAUGCAUGCUGGUUUUAUAACUGAUGCUAUUUUCAAAAAGUAUUUUGACCUCUGCAUUAUAGAUCUUACAGGUUAAUGAUAAUUAUUUUAAGAUCUCUUUAAUUUUGUAUUCAAACAUUUGUAGUAUGUAUUUAAGAAUUCUAUGUUCCAGGUAUCUGUAAAUUCAUAAUUCUGCAACCAUGGCAUAAAGUAAAUUUUUGUAACUGAAUAUUUUGGUUAUAUAUGGUUAAUAGUGGAAAAGAGAAAUGAUCUUGAUAAUUGGAGGUAGGCUGGAAUUUCCCCAGUAGCUACAUGUUUUUUAGUAUUAAGGGCAUUUACGUGUUGCAACUUAUGUAACACCGUUUGCUUCAUCCAUUAAAGUUCAAAUAAAGUUUCUCUUCUUUGUGUUUAA